AUGCACUUCAAAUCAGUCUGCUUGUGUAUAAUCUUCCUACUACUCGGUUCCCUAAUUACGGUAUCUGGACAACUCAAUCUCUGGGCCGAUAGGAAGCUAGUGGCUCGAAUAAUUGAAUCGAUACCUUCUAAUGGAAAAGACUAUUCCAGCCUAAAGUGCCCCAGACAACGACCAGAUAUUAUUCAACACGUUCCUCCACAACUCUUCCUCGUAUUGAAUGGACAUAUACUUCAAGAAGUCUACGACAAAAUUCUUCACAGUGUACAUCAACCCUUGCCCCCUCAAAUUGAAAUCAUUCGACUAAAAUGGCGUGCAGGGCUUGAACGGUUAACAUACAACAUCUCCAUGAUCUCCCUAAACAAAAGCCUUCUGUUCGAUCCUCUUCUCAACAUUGCCAAUAAUGGCAUCAUUCCAGCAAUGGAGUCAGAUGUGCAAAUCACCCUAGCCUGCACAGGUAAGACAUCCGGAUUCGCCGCCUUCAAGCUACACUUAGACAUAAGACGCGAAUUUGAGGGUUUACGUAAAAUACCCCGCAUCGACUUUGUAGCCCAGAAGUACUGCCUCAGCAAACAAAAAUUCAGGAAGUUCCAUAUAAAGUGCGACUGCCGGGCUCGAUGUCAAAAGCGAUACCCACCCGUGUAUUACAACAAAGCCCACAGGAAAAAAUGCAAUCAGGAAUGCCGAACAUACUUAAACUCAAGCCGGAAUACACCACGGUACAAUUACUACUUACGAGAGAAUCACCGCCGGCGAUCAUUUUUAUAG